GGGAGAGAGGUUAGUCUGGAAUAAGGUUAAGAGGGUAAAAGAGGAGGAUGUUAAGGGUAAAGCCUUGAGUGACAUGAAGAAGACAUGCUGAGGAAUGGCAAAAGAGGAAGGUGCUCUGAAUGAGUUGUAUUAGAAAACUCAGGAUCAUAUGAGACUACAGAAAGGAAGGGAAGAUACAACUGUAAAAAUGCAUUCUGUAACAAAAGAGGGAAGAGCACCUGUGCCCUUGAGAAAGUCCACUCAUGUAUUGAAGCGAGGAAGAGAAAUGCAUUGCAAUGAGGAAGAAAAUAAAUGAGGUUAGGAUGGUUGUUCAGCUGGCUUCCUGCCUGGUGUCCCACAUCACUGCUACACCUUAAAGAGGCUGAGGACAAAAUGCUAAAAUGUAUUACAAGCACAUACAAUAAACGAUAUGUGUAUAUAUCUAAUGGAAAUAAAAUAUGGACACUGACAUUCUCUCCAGACUUUUCACAUAAAACUCCACUUGUUCUCCUGCAUGGGUUUGGAGGAGGUGUUGGACUGUGGGCUCUCAAUUUUGAAGAUCUUUGUGAGAACAGGACCAUUCACGCUUUCGAUCUCUUGGGAUUUGGACGUAGCAGUAGACCACACUUUGACACUGAUGCUCAGGAAGCAGAAAAUCAGUUUGUGGAAUCCAUAGAAGAAUGGAGAAAGGAGGUGGGAUUAGAAAAAAUGAUUUUACUUGGACACAACCUAGGUGGAUUCCUGGCUGCUGCUUACUCGUUAAAAUACCCAAAAAGGGUCAAACAUCUGAUCUUAGUGGAGCCAUGGGGUUUUCCAGAGAGGCCUGACAAUGCUGAACAUGAAAGACCAAUUCCAAUCUGGAUCAAAGCACUAGGAGCUAUCUUGAGUCCAUUUAAUCCAUUAGCUGGGCUGAGAAUAGCAGGACCCUUUGGAUUAAGCCUUGUCCAGCGUUUAAGACCAGAUUUCAAGAGAAAAUAUUCAUCAAUGUUUGAUGAUAACACUGUGACUGAAUAUAUCUAUCACUGCAAUGUACAGUCACCCAGCGGUGAAACAGCUUUCAAGAACAUGACUAUUCCUUACGGAUGGGCAAAAAGGCCGAUGCUGCAACGGAUUCCACAAAUGGAUAAAGACAUUCCUAUCACUGUGGUCUAUGGAGCACGUUCGUGCAUAGAUGGCAAUUCUGGCAGCACUAUCCAAUCUCUGAGACCAAAUUCGUAUGUGAAGACAAUAGCAAUUCUUGGGGCAGGUCAUUACGUGUAUGCUGAUCAACCUGAAGACUUCAACCAGAAAGUGAAAGACAUCUGUGAUUCUGUGGACUAACGGUCUUCUGUUCUUUAGCAAGUCAUGCUGUAGAUAGUGGUUAAUUGCAAUACUCUCUAGGAAAUCACUAAAGAAUGAACAGCUAAUGGAACGGGCUCUAUUUGCACACUGUUUCUUGUAAGAAGCCAUUUGCACACUUAAACCACGUAGUGCCUUUUUGGGGGGUAUAGGGAGAUUUGAAACAAACUUUGUACAGCUUUGUGUGAGAUUGGUCUUUAGAUUAUUGGCCUGUCAUAUUUGAAAUUACAUAUAACUUUUUAAACUAGAAUUCUCUUCACAAUGUAAUUGACUUUUGUACAUGUUGAACUUCUAAAGAUGCUGAAUUUUUCACUAACACAGGGAACCGUAUCGAUACAGGUACAAUGUAUAAAAUCCAAUUUUGUUUCUUUAUAAACAUUCAUAUUUUCUACUUGCUGUUUCAUGGCAAGAAUAUGAAAUUGCUUAUACAUUUUAUUUUUUGACUCCAGAACUCCAUGUCCACUAUUUUAAGAGGGUGUAUUUUUUUUUGAGUGAUAACAGCUUAUGAAGCUGAUUUUGAGAGAGGGACAAGGCCAAGAUAAUGAGCAGUGUCCAUCACUGAAAUAUGUUGGCUAGUUUGUAAGGAGUUUGGACUCAAUAUUAGGAAAUCUUUCUUCUGUUGGAUUUUAUUUCCAUUUAUCUCAAGGCACCUUUUUCCGUCUGUGUAACUUUUACGGAAGGCUCUUUUCCUAAGAGUCAAUGAUGUCACCAGCGCUCAUGCUUCCAUAAAUAUUUUGAUAUAUAGUUUUCAGUGAUUUAAAAUACACAAGAUGGCUUGUUAGUUACUCCAUCUAUUUUUAACACUUUACUACAAGCUUUGUUACUAGCCUAAACCUAGCAAGUGUAGAUAAGUUAACAGGAUGUUGAUUAGGGUUAGGGAAUGACCAUCUGGAUAGUGAACAUAAUUCCUGUUUUCUUUAGGUAGAAAACCUAGUCCACUUUUUAGUAAAUUCAGGGUGGAGGAAAGACACGGGGAGAAUAUUGGUGUUCUCUAAUUGGGAGCUACAACAGAUCAGUUUAUUUUAGUUAACAUGCAGCCUCCUUUUAGGAAGGAUUAUUACUGGAAUGGGCAAUACCACUGUAACAAAUUAUAUUAUAUGUUUUGGAGAUUCUUUAUGUAAUUAUAUAUUUUAAUUGAGUAUUUCAAUAUCAGAGAUAUUCCAGUCUCUGCAUCUUUUUGAAAUUGUAGUUGGAUGUUAGUUCUUCACAUGCUUAGUAAAUUAUAUUAAGCAAAAUACUUUGUCACUUUAAAGCCAAAUUAUAUGGUGGUUUGGUUUUUAACAAGUUUACGUAAAACUAUUGAUCUACUUUUGAAUAUUGAAUUGACUACUGAAGAGUUCUUGAUACUUUUAUACGUAGAGAAUUUGAUUUAAUGAUAGCACCGUCUUAAAGCUUGAGUGGAACUCUGUGCUUUUUUCCUCAAGUUAAGGAAUUGUUGCACAUAUUUAUGAUGUAGAAGGCAAAGAUACCUAAAAUAUUCAGGAAAUACUCUGACUAUGUUCCCAGCCAAACAAUCUCUCUCUUUCUGAAGGAGAUAUAUGUCUAUGGUGCUAUAUGUAAACAUCAGACAAUCUUUGUGACUGCCUUGACUGGUAGCACUUAAUAUCUAACAAGCUGAAGAUUUUAAUUACAAUUAACUGUUGAACUAAAUUACUUUUUCAAUUAGCUGAUGCUAGAAUUUUUAGAUAAAAUUUUGGGUUAUUUGCUGAAAUACUGAGUUCAAAAUGGAAAAUCAGAAUAUCAGUUAUGAUUUUGAAUAUAUGCUGUAAAUUCUCAGUUAUGCCAUCAUUUUGGUGGAAGCCUUCGGUAUGUAUUUUUUCACCCUUUUCAGUGUCUAGUUUUAUUUAUCAGCUUAAACAGCUGGUUUAAUUGUGUGUAAAAGCCCAAUACAAAAAUAUAUUGAGUCUCCACCAAAUAACAAAAGCUGAAAUAAACUUGGUAUUUUCAGAUAGCACUUACUGAUGGGAAUUCUAGAUUCCACAUCAAAAGGUGGAAGUAGGGAUAAAAAUUGCACCAUGAAUGUGAAUAUUGUUUUUAAUAUCCCUUGGUGUUUCAGCAUAUUGUACUAGUAAGACUUCUUACUUAAGUUUUGCACAAUUAAAAAUAAUUCUUAAACGUUAAGUGUGAUUAAUGUUAAGAUAUGGUGUUACUUUUGUAAAAACUACAUGUAAUUGAGCCCUGGAAAUCAAGAGUAAUUAAUAAGUUCAGCUAAACAAUCCAAAAUACAUUAAAAUAUGGUAAUGCUUAUUUUCAAAUGGCUCAAUGUUCUUAGGAUUUCUUGUAUUUAACUGAAACUGGGAAGCAUUUUUCAACAAACAGCUGCAAGCUCAGAAUGCUGAUUUAAUUUACAACAAAAAUGUUUGUUGGUUAUCUUCCAGGCAGUAUUAGAUACUGCUGUGAAGGUCAAAAUGCAAUCCUGAAUAUCCUGUUGUGUACUGCGUAACCCAAUAAAGUUACUUUAAUGAACAUCAUCAGAGGCGCUGAACAGAAAAUGAAUGCCAUAUACUGAAAAGACGUGGGAGCUGGACCUUCUGUGAGCAAUUACUGUCUGGGAAUAAGCUCAGUUUCUCCAGAAGUUCUGUUUCAGUGCAAUGACCAGUUGCUUAAAUGUACUGUGGCAAGCACGGAACACUGAUGGUGCUAUUUUUAUUACAGCACUAUAAAAUAAGACAAGAAUCACGAGCAUAAAGGCACCCAAAGAUCUAUCCCGUUCUAGCAUCAAAAUGAAGACAGCUGUGUACCAGAGACUACGGCAUAACAAAAAGAAUCCAAAAUAUUAAUAAAAAUCCAAGAUUAACUGUCUAA